GAGAACGAAUGCAUGAGAAUAAAAAUCCUGGGAGAUUGUUACUACUGUGUCUCAGGCCUGCCUGUGUCCUUACCAGUUCAUGCCAGGAACUGUGUUAAGAUGGGACUCGACAUGUGUGAAGCAAUAAAGCAGGUGAGAGAAGCCACAGGAGUGGAUAUCAACAUGAGGGUUGGCAUUCAUUCUGGGAACGUGCUGUGUGGUGUGAUCGGCCUCCGGAAGUGGCAGUAUGACGUCUGGUCGCACGACGUGUCCUUAGCGAACCGCAUGGAGUCUGCGGGUGUACCUGGGUGAGGAUCUUCCCUGUCGGUGCUGAUUCACUCUGUUAUCAUGGUUUUCAUAAUCCUGGUUUCUAAGUCUGGAAUUUGUAACUGUGCCAUGACACAAAUCCUCAGAAUGGGAUGAUGAAAAUAGGACAAAUGUGUACUUACCAGAGCUGUAAAA